CUCUCCGCGUCUUCACUUCGGCAUGGACAGCCGGGUACUCGAGCAUCCUCACGCCCAGUUCGGAGGCUCCUUGGGCGGAUUGGUGGGCUUCCCGUACUCGCUCGGUGCCCAUCACCACCACCACCAUCACUCCCUGUACGAGCUCGCGGGGGGACACCAGCUGCACUCUGCGGCCGCCAACCCCUUCUCUAUAGACGGAUUACUGAACGGAUCCUGCUCGGCCUCGGUGGUCAACAACCCGCUGCUGUCGCCCGACGGAGGGCAGUUCAAACUCUCAGAUUCUGGGGACCCGGAUAAGGACAGUCCAGGUUGUAAACGGAGACGAACGAGGACAAAUUUCACGGGGUGGCAGCUGGAGGAGCUCGAGAAGGCUUUCAACGAGAGUCAUUACCCGGAUGUGUUCAUGCGGGAGGCGCUCGCGCUCAGGCUGGACCUCGUGGAGUCUAGGGUUCAGGUUUGGUUCCAAAACCGCCGAGCUAAAUGGAGAAAGAAGGAGAACACAAAGAAGGGUCCGGGUCGGCCUGCUCACAACUCCCACCCCACCACCUGCAGCGGCGAGCCCAUGGACCCCGAGGAGAUCCAGCGCCGGGACCGAGAGCGAGCCGAGAAGAAGAAGAGGAAGCAGGAGAGGAAGCUGCUGAAGUCGCAGAACAAACUCCUGUCCGGGGACAGCUUCCACACGCCGGGGGGCUCGGAGAGCGACAGCGGGGUCUCCCAGUUCACCGACAGCGAGCAGCAGUGUCCGAGCGUCAGUGGGAGUAUUCACCUCGACCUGCCCGCCUCCAAAUCUGCAGACCGAGGACACCAAACUGAAUCCAGCUGUGACCAAACACGACAUGACUUCAGCCCACUACAGAACCACCAAAACCAAAGAACCGCAGGGGAACCGGAGCAGGUUUCUCCGGGCAGCUUCACGCUCAGCUCCAGCCCCGGAGGUCCCAGGUCCUCCGCCCUGCAGAAACGAAACCCUUUCAGCGUGGAGAGCCUCCUUUCCGACGUCACGCCUCGACGGAAACCUCAGCUGGACUUCCCCUCGCUGCCCAGCCAGAGGACUCUCAUAGGGAAAGGCCACUUCUUGCUUUACCCAAUUACCCAUCAGCCCUUGGGUUUUCUGGUGCCCCAAGCAGCCCUGAAGGCCUCGCCGUGUCUGGGACAGAUGUUUGUGCCGAGUGAAGGAAGCCCUGACCUCUCCAGCUUUGUCUCUAAGCCUCUGAACUCGGAUCAUACGGAGCACAACAAUCACAUUAGCAAUAGAGCGGCUGGAGACAGAGGUGACUGCAGCAAUGCAAGACUUCCUGUUUCUCCUCCGGCUAAGAGUGAGGCUCAGAGCAGAGACAUUAAGGAGGAGAGGAGUUUGACAUUUCUCAGCAGCAAUGCAAGAUUCCCUGUUUCUCCUAACAUUGAGGUUCAGGGCAGAGACAUUAAGGAGGAGAGGAGUUUGAAGGUUCUCAGCAGCAAUGCGAGAUUCCCUGUUUCUCCUAACAUUGAGGUUCAGGCACGGCUCAGCUCCUCUCCGUGCAGAGACAGUAUCGAGGAGAAGAGUUUGACAAAUGGCUGCCAAGCUGCCGAGCUGCGUGCCGAAGAGAAGGGUGCGAGCGAGGCGUCCCCAGCCCUCUCUGAACGUCUCAAGGCAAACACAGACUGUCAAGAAACACCCGGAACAGAUGGAGAGGAUGUCGAUAUGGACUAACACUUUGCAAGGAGCGCAAACAUAAACAAAGGACCAGGAACAACCGCUCAGACUAUUCAAACAUUCCCAAAGCUCUGCUGAGACACUCGGAAAAAAACAUAUCAGGAAUCAGGAGACCUAAUUCUCAUCUAUUUUUUAAUCAUAACGUGUGAUCAAUCCAGAUGGCGCCCCUUUUAAGAAGCUAGUGGCUGUCUUCAUAUUUGUAGGCCUUUAGAAGCAGGUUCUUUCUCUUUUUUUAGUGACCUAUUAAAAUCUAGGCGACAAUAAACAUCUCACACACAACGAAAAUCCUCAGAUAUUGUAAAAAAAACGAGAUAUUUAUAUGUAAACACUUUUGAUAAAUAAAGUUAUUGUUUAAAUUGAAUCACUGUUUUUCUAGGAGCAUAUUGAAAAGGGGGUGGGGGUUGCUGUGUGGCAGAACCUUGGAGUUUUGUCGUGUUACAGCAGAUAAACCCUCCUUUUUCUCUGUAUAGGAGG